UACUCAGAGACAAAUGGCAAUCGAAGAAAUUCAAACUCAGUACUGCGAUGGACGACUGCUACUCUACGCCUCGGCGACCAUCAAUAUGUGUAUCAUUUGGUACUUUGCCGCCUUUAUUUGUAUCGAUAAGUUAUUACCGAGCAUACUCUCCGAGCGAGGUACGGAGUCUUUGAAGUUGGUGCAUGCGUGUUACCCAGAACAAACCAGACGAUUUUAUGUUGACUUCCUACCGCAGCUUGGCAUGCCAGUGGUUGGAUUAUACCUUAUGUACUCAUCAAACGUAAUGGAAAAACCCUUUAGCGGGCCCAUUGAUAACGCAACCCAAGUAGCAUUCUCGGUUAUGUUGGGCAUAUAUCUAUUCCGCAGCUUCCGUGAGCUAUUCACGUUCGGGAUCGAAAAACACUUUAAAGCUAAUCUCCUCCACCACGUGGUCACCGUAGUAACGUACGCCGUGUUAUUGGACAGCAAAGAGAAUGGAGUGUAUGGCGUCAUUGGCCUCAUUGCGGAAGGAAGUAGUUUCUUCAUUGAACUUGGAAAAUACCUGAAAUCAGUCAGCUUGCGGGAUCAUUGUUUUUACAAAGUCGUUAAAUCGUUCGGCGUCGUAUCUACCGUCUCCUUGCGAGGCCUCGUCCCUAUUGUUUCAGUGGCGUUGUCAAUAACAACGGAAAGUCCUUUAACCAUGGGCUAUAUAUCAGUGACGAUGUUUUUCACCAGUGGGUUGUUUUUUGGUGUAAUUAACUUCUACCUUGUCGAGGCGGCUGUUGAGUCUGCCCUACGUCAGUGUUUUUGUGAUUCCCGGCGACCAUUGGGCGAUGAUCCCCGUUUCCGGCAUUUAAGCACUCAGAUCUGGCAACAUCGAGUUCGCCCAGAUCAAUAUCAGUCUGGUUCUCAGGCGUACGUGGUAGCCGAACCAAAUAUAUACGACACAUUGCCUCCGCCUGCACCAUCUUCUCCCGUGAAGAAAACCACUGACAAUAUCAUCGAAUUUUCCACAUCGCCGGAUGUGGCCACGUCGACCACCCUUAAAGACAAGCAAGACUCCAAACAGACGCUAUCAGCGGUUUCAGCGAACCCAAAGUAUGGAUCCGUAGAUCAUAACGCAGCGAACAUAUAUUCUAUAGUGUGCGAAUGA